GCUGCCUUAACAGCAUCUCCUCCCGGGUUAGACAAGUCGAAGUGAACGCUGCACCUGAGUCAGAACAGAAGUCACAAUGGCCACUUAUCGCACUGGGUUUAGUAGUUCUUCCAUGUCCAAUAUGAGGACUGGCUCCAGCAGGGGGUCUAGGAGCGUGUAUGGCGGUGCAGAUGGUAGAAGUGUCCGCGUGUCCUACGCCUCCAACGGGCUCGGCGCUGGUUUUGACUUGGCAGGUGCACUCGGAGGCGGCGGAGGCGGCGGGAGCAGUAUGGGCAUUGGUGGCAGCGAGAAGCAAACCAUGCAGAACCUCAAUGACCGCCUGGCCACCUACCUAGAGAAGGUGCGCGCUCUGGAGUCCGCCAAUGCGCAGCUGGAGCUUCAAAUCCGCGAGUGGAUGGCUAAGCAAGCCCCCAGUACCAGGGACUACAGCAAAUACCAGAUAAUCAUCGAGGACCUGCGCAAAAAGAUUUAUGAUGCUUCCCUAGACAAUGCCAGGCUGAUGCUGCAGAUUGACAAUGCCAGACUGGCAGCAGAGGAUUUCAGAAUCAAGUAUGAGAAUGAGCUUGCAGUGCGUAUGUCAGUGGAGGCGGACAUCAUGGGACUGCGUAAGGUUCUGGAUGAUCUGACCAUGGCACGGUCUGACCUGGAGAUGCAGGUGGAGGGACUGAAGGAGGAGCUGGUCUACCUGAGAAAGAACCAUGAGGAGGAGAUGGCAGCAAUGAGAGGCCAGGUUGGUUCCAGCUCUGUGAACGUGGAGGUGGACGCCGGGCCUCAGGAGGACAUGACCAGGAUCAUGGAUCAGAUCAGAAGCCAGUAUGAGGGCAUCGCUGAGAAGAACCGCCGUGAAAUGGAGGCCUGGUACAAGGGCAAGUUUGACGAACUCAACAAGCAGGUUGCAGCCAGCACAGAGACCCUUCAGACCUCCCGCACUGAGAUCAACGACCUGAAGAGGACCCUGCAGGCCCUGCAGAUUGAGCUGCAGUCCCAGAAUAGCCUGAAAUCCGCUUUGGAGGGCCAGCUUUCAGAGACCGAGAAUCGCUACAGCCAGCAGCUGAGCCAGCUCCAGAACAUGGUCUACUCCCUGGAGAACGAACUCCAGGAGAUGAGGAAGGACAUUGAGAGGCAGUCCAACGAAUACCAGAUUCUGCUUGACAUCAAGACCAGGCUGGAGAUGGAGAUCGCCGAGUACAGGAGACUGUUGGAUGGAGAGGAUGUAGGAAUAUCUUCCAGUAGAUCUUCAAGUCAAUCUUCCCAAAAAACUGUGACAAUCAAAGAAGUUGUCAAAAAACAGGAAGUCGUAGCUAAACCAGUCAUAACCAAAAGGACAAGGGUGAUGAUUGAGGAGAUUGUUGAUGGAAAAGUGGUCUCACGCACAGAAGAUGUGAGCGAAGCGCUUGAGUCAUGCUAGAUGGGGGUCGAAUUUUACCCAUCUGAUGUCUCUCCCACUUGAAGACUUCUAAAAUCUGCUAUGUUUUUGUUAUAUCAAAGUCUGAAACAACAUUGCAUAUUCUUUAUAUCUCUCUCCAAAAAGGUGUGCAGGAAUUAAUAAUUUGAUUUAUUGUCAGGAAAUAUUUAUUCUGAAGCAUUGUCUGAGCGAUGGAAAAGGUCAAUAGAAAAUGCUUGUGCAUUUAAGCUCAUGUAAAAUAUUGUUUCAAAAUGGAUCACUCAGGUGCAAUCACAAAAAGGAAAUCCGACCAUUGCCAAAGUGUUUGCCAAUCUCUGUGAUAUUAAGAUUGUUCUCAAUUAGCACCACUCGUCCCAUACAUCUUGUGUAAAAUCUAUUGUGUUAGGGAUAUUUUCAAUUUCCGAAUAAACAUCUUUCUUCCAUUA